AUGGCUAGUCUCAAUGUUCUUACCUUUGAUGCUGAGGGUCGAGCUGUUGACUUUGAGGUCUGGCUAGAUGAUCUGCAGCUUUUCCUACAGUGCGAUAGCAAGGAUGGUCUCUCACUGUUCGAUCUCACGUCUGGCGCCUCUACUGCCCCUACUGCUGAUGCUGACAGUACUGUUCGCUCGCAGUGGCUCACGCGCGAUGCUGCUGCUCGUCUUGCUGUGCGCAAUCACCUGCCGUCUACUGAGCGCGCGCACUUUAGUCAGUACAAGAGUGCUAGGGCUCUGUACGACGCUGUAGUUGCACGCUACUCCUCCCCUACCACUGCUGCCUUCAGCCGCCUCAUGCUGCCGUACCUUUUUCCUGACCUUGCCGCCUUUGCCACAGUUGCUGACCUAGUUGCUCACCUCCGCACUAGUGACGCUCGCUACCGCGCUGCCCUUCCCACUGAGUUUCUUCCCACGAACUCCCCCCCCAUGUACAUCACCCUUUACUACCUAGUCACCCGCCUCCCUGACUCUCUCUCCUCAGUCAGGGAUCACUUUCUCUCCCUUUGCCCUACCGAGCUGACUGUCGACUUGCUAGAGGAGCGCCUUGCUGCAGCUGAGAAGAGUAUCUUAGCUGUUGGGGCUUCUCGCGGCGACCAUCGCACCCCCCUCUUUGAGGGGUGUUCCCCUGUCCCCCUUCUCCCCUCUGUUGCCUCUGCUGCUGCUGUCGACCUCGUUGGCACUGAGGAGGUCGGCGCUGCGUCUGCCCCUAGUGGGCGACGCCGCACUGGCAAGGGCAAGGGAAGCAAGGGUGGUGGAGGGGGCGGUGGAGGAAGCGGUGGAGGAGGUGGAGGUGAUGGUGGGGGUGGUCCCGGGGGUGGGGGCGUCGGUGGCGGCAGUGGAGGCCGUGGAGGUGGUGGCGAAGGCGAUGGAGGCGGCGGCAGCGGUGGUGGAGGUAACGGAGGAGGUGGUGCUGGUCGCGGUGCAGCCACGCAGCGUGGAGGCCUUGGUGGCGGCCAGCGUCAGCAGCAGCUGCGCACCCGUGAGACCCCGUCUGUUCAGCAGCUUCGUGAGUGGUACGCUGGGCGUGGGAGGUCUGGGGGUGCAGGUCCCUGCACGUACGUUCUUCGCACAGGCACUCGUAGUGUGGAGGUGUGUGGUCUCCCACACACCAUGCAGCGCUGCUUCGGCCGCCUGACUGACGCUUGGCGUACCCAGUUUCCUGACGCUGUUGAGCUUCCUCGUUGGCAUGAUCUGCUUCUGCAGAAUGUGCCUAUCUUUGAUCUAGACUUUGAUGCUAUCCUUGCUGCCAUGUAUGCUCUUGAUGAUAUUACUGAGGGUGAGUGUUACCUGCGUGUCCCGCCCGACCCGGGCACUGUGGCUGCUGCUCUAGGUGCUAGUGCGGCUGCUGCUCUAGGUGCUAGUGCGUCUGCUGCUCCAGGUGCUGGUACGUCUCCUCUCUCAGGUACUGCACCUACUGAGUCCUUGCACACCUUCACACUUGACUCUGGUGCUUCGCGCUCUUUCUUUAGAGACAGCACCACACUCACGCCGCUCCGUCGGCCUGUUGCGGUCUCCCUUGCUGACCCCUCAGGGGGCCCAGUACUUGCACACUCCUCCACUGUCCUACCGUGUCCUGCGGCCCCGUCGGGCUUGCUGUCGGGACUCCACCUCCCCUCGUUCUCUACGAACCUGGUGAGUGGAGCUGACCUCCAGGACGCGUGGGUUGACCAGUUCACCCCUGGAGGUCCCUCCCUCCCCUUCCUCCGGGGCCUGCCCCCACCUGUGUUCCUUGAGUCGAGGGCCGGCAGCGCGCCGCCCCUCAUUCCUCCUCGUUUCCUCCGACUGAGGCCCCUCUGCAGACUCUUCACAUGGACGUGUGGGGCCCAGCCCGCGUCCGUGGACAGGGUCACGAGCGCUACUUCCUCCUGGUCGUUGACGACUACUCGCGUUACACCACAGUCUUCCCCUUGCGCAGCAAGGGUGAGGUCACUGAGGUGUUGA